AUGCAGCGUUUAAAGCCAGCACAUGAAAUUUAUAAUCGUUUAAUUUGGGACAAGGAACAAUUUGGUGAUUUCGUUAUAGGAUACGAAGAUAGGUUUCUAGGAAUUAUGGAAGCAACUCGAGAAGAAUUCGAAGAAGCUGAGAUACCAUUUCAUCGAAUUCGUUAUUUUAAAAUCAUCUCAAACGGACAAAUAAUAUGGGAUAGAGAGAAGCGGUUAGACCUUAUCACUCGAAAUUAUUCAAAUCUAAAUCCAUCUCAAAUUUCCAUUAAUCGUGAUGAUUCCGACAUAAAACAGCCG